UUUCCCCGCAAGCAGAGGGCGCCCUUCCCUUUCUUCUCCCUUUCUCUUUGCCGUCUCCAAUUUCUCUUUGCCGCCGCCGCCGCCCCUCCCUCUCUUCACUCCCUAUUGUUCAACGAUUUGCCGCAUCCGCGCCACCCUAUCCAUAUCAACCUCCUCCCCUCACACCCGGACGCUAGUAGGGUGAACGUUGGGUCGGUUUCCAGUUUUGGCAGCCUCCAUAUCACAAGUUCUAGCGGCGUUAACGAUUUCGGACCCGUUAUCGAGGCCAGCCAAUUAAUCAUGGCUGCAAAAAUUCUUGCCAAUUUAAUUGUGAUGGGCUCUGGGAUACUUGCUAGGGCCUUUGUUCAAGCCUACCGUCAAGCCCUUACGAAUGCUUCAAAGUCCGGUGUUGCUCAAGAAACAAUUCAAAACACCGUUCGCAGAGCAAGCAAAGUGAUGACAGAGCAAGAAGCCAGGCAGAUUCUUGGCGUCUCCCCGGAAACGCCUUGGGAGGAAAUUGUGAAGAAAUAUGACGCUUUGUUCGAAAAGAAUGCUCAGACUGGAAGCUUUUAUCUUCAGUCAAAAGUUCACAGAGCCAAGGAACGAUUAGAAACUCUGUAUCAGAGCAAAGGUGAGGAUGCCCCUAGCUGAGGAAUGUGUUGUGUUUUGCCCAUUUAGUGUUCUUGUAUAAUUCUUAAUUUUGUGAUGGCCGGCAGCAUGGCAUGAUUGGUGAAAUUGAUGUAUAAUCGUUUCUUCCUCUUGUGGGAAAAAGUGACGUUUAAAAUAGUAUUUUAGAUGAGGAUGCCUUGAGAGCACCUAAAUUUAAUUUGUUUACUUCUAAUAAUUUGUAAACAAUUAUUUGUUACGCACACGCCUGAAGUAGACCACGGUCAUUGUUCGAUGAAAUAUUGCUAAUACGAGGCUCGAGUUAGAACCC